AAGGGAGUAAGAUGUUUGUGGAGUCUGUGGUUCGAUGGGCGGCAUGGGGCAUCCUGCUUCAGGCGGGACUGUGUCUCUCUGCGGGAAGUUGCCCUCCUCGUUGUUCGUGUCGGCCUGAGGCGAAGGAAGUCAUCUGCUCUGCCAAUUGUUGCCAGGCUGCUGCGAGGUGGAGCUUCUUCUUCUUCCUCUCGGCGCGACUCGUCAAGUCAUCAGCCGGCCAGCAGAGCGCAAGCAUCGGGCACAGAGGAAGAAAGCAAACCAACACGGCGAAGCAUCAAGCAUUGGAUUCUUUUCUUUUAUUAUUCUUUUUUUAAUUUAUUGUUUUAUUAUUCCUCUUAAUUUCUGGGGGUUCUUUUUACGGUUCAUUUUGGCGACGAUGAGCAUAAAGAUGAACCCGCUCCACCACCACCACCACCACCUCCGCCUCCGCCUCCUCCUCGUGGGGCUUUUUGCCGCCGCUGUGAUGGCAAAGCCGGCCCGGCUAAAAUUUGUCGUACACGAACCAUCUCGCUUCCACUUUGACAAACCCGAGAACUACAUCAGCAUGUACCACCAGGAGGGCAGCGAGACGCUCUAUGUGGGCGGCCAGGCCGUCAUCUACGUGCUCACCUUCAACUCCCGAGGCGUACACGACGUGCAGAUCCCGGCACCGUCGGACCAGACUGCCAUCGACACCUGCAAGGCCAAGGGGGCGCCGCUCGAGCUGGAGUGCGACAACUUCAUCACGGUCAUUGAGAAAGUCAACGACACCUUCAUCGUGUGCGGGACAAAUGCCGGGAGUCCUCGCUGCUGGACGCUGGUUAACGACACGGUGCUGACCGACGUCCAGGGUGUUGGGCAGAUCGCGUCAGCCUCCGACAUCUCCCCGCCAUAUCCCUCGCAGAAGUCCAUCAGCCUUCCCGCAGGUGGUAGUCUGUAUUCGGCCAUUUCGGCAGUGGGCGGUUACGCUGGCUCCAUCCGCCGCACCUUUGGGUCCCAGAAGCUCCUGAAGAUGGAGAAGAUUUGGCUGCUGAACCCUCAGUUUGCUGGAGCUGCCGUCAUCCCAUCAUCCCUCAAGUACAAGGAGGAGAUCUACUUCUUCUUCAGUGAGAUUAACAAGACGGCUCGGGAAGACGAGGAGCCGUACCGGGCUCGCAUCGGCCGGAUCUGCACGGUUGACGAGGGUGGGAUCGAACCCCUGGUGCCUGACUCGUGGACCACCUUCAUGAAGGCGCGGGUCAUGUGCGGUGCCGGAAACACUCAGCAACAGUACAACAACAUGAAGCAGGCGGUGGUUCUGACCGCGCAGGACAAGCGGGCCGGUGUCAUGUACGGCCUCUUUUCCAAUGCCUGGGGUAGAACCGUGAUCUGUGCCUAUUCCAUAGAGGAUAUCGACCAGGCCUUCUCGACGUCCAAGCUGAAGGGCUACAGUAACGCCUUCAUCGGAAAUCGACCUGGGAUGUGUGGUCGAAGGAAUUCCUCGGCGGGAGGUCACAAUUACAUGAAAAACCUGGGCGUGAUCCGAUUCCAUCCGGAAAUCGAGGAUGUGAUCCGGCCGGUGGGCGUAGCCCCACUGGACCUGCCGACGGAUGACCAGAUCACACACACGGUUGCAGACAUCGUCCUGGCCGUCAACGAUGAGCAUUACAGCGUCCUUUACCUCGGAACAGAACAAGGAAAAGUCCUCAAAGUUCUUCACAGCAGCGAAGGGGUCUUCAUCGUCUCCCAGUACUCCAUGUUCCGCAACGAAGGGCCCGUCCUCAACAUGGCCAUCAACCCCCAAAAGGGUCACUUGUACGUUGCCACGGCGAUGGAGGUCCAGCGGCUGCCGCUGGCCGACUGCGGUCGCUAUGGCGAUACGUGCCGGGAGUGCAUUUUAUCCCGGGACCCGUACUGCGGCUGGGACAAGGCCAGGAGGAGGUGCAUUGCCAUCCCGCCAGGAUACAACGUCACAUCUGGGAUCCUCAUUCAGAAUCUGGACCAAUCCAAUUCAUCGGUUUGCGGGGAGGCUGCUGCCCUCAAGCAGCGUCGCACCUCCCCCAGGGAAGUGCUGGUGCCAUCCAACACCUCCAUCUUUUUGCCUUGCCCGGUGCGCUCCUUCCACGCCACCUACCGCUGGGAGAAGGACAACUGCAUCAAGAACUACCCCUGCCUCUUCUCCGGCGACUUCUGCGUCUUGGGGCCGGCGGUGGACAUGCCCCUGAGGGAGGGCGUCUUCCGCUGCAUGGCCACCGAGGACGGGUUCAAGGUGGAGGUCAUCUCCUUCAAGCUGGUCAACCACGGUCGGCUGCUGGCCGCCUCGCUUGCCUCCACCGUGGGGCCAUCGCUGAUGCUCGCCAUGGCCGCCUUCUGGCUUCAUUAACUGCAGCUAUCGCUAACCACGUAUCCUUAAUAACUCCCAGUAACAGGAAAUACGCGGGAGGGUUGGUUCACAGAGCAUUGGAUAAUGAGGUAUCGUUUAAAACAGCGGUUCUCAAACUGGGGUGACAAGAUGGAAUCAUUUGCAAUAAAUUAUAUAUUGUAUUUUAGAGCUUACAUAUGGGGACCGGCAUGCCAAUAAAAUAAACACUCAAUCAAUUACUCCUCCCUACCUUAGCUUUGGGCCAAUUAAAAGCUCUGACAUCCCUGCAAGGAUAUUUUUUUUUUUUUUUUUUACAAGAACAAAAGAUUUUUCUUAAAUUGAAUACAGUCUUAUUUUUGGGAGAAUAAAGGCAUCAUCUCCAUAUUAAAAGUCGUAAUAUUGCUAGAAUGAAGUUGUAUUUUUUAAGUUCACUUGUUAAGAUUGGACUUUCUGCCCUCGUAAAACUUUAAGCUAUUAUAUAUCAUGUUACGACUAUCUUGCAUAAAUACUAUUAAUAUAUAAUAAUAAUUCUCAUGAGAUUCAAAAUUUUACCCUUGACAAAAUGUCAUUUAUCUUAUAAAGAUUAAAACUAUCUUUGUGAAAAAAAUACAACUAUUCUCAUACCACGACUACUGUUUCUUUCUACUUCACUUUUACAAAAAAAAAAAAAAGGAAAUUUAUAAGAUUACAAUUUUUAUAUUAAAAACAGACAACCUAUUAAUUUGUCAGUAGGCAUUUAGGGGUAUGCAUGGUAGUUAUUUUUAACUUGAUUAUGGGGGUUGUUGGGGGAAGAAUUUCUCCCCUGUAGGGGGUCCCUGGACCAAAAAUGUUUGAGAAACCCCGUCUUAAAACCUUCUGGUCUGAACAGAAUUAGCACCAAACAAUCCAAAAUUAAAUUAUUUUAAGUUUUCAUCUUCAAACUACAGUGAACCCCUGCCUAUUCACAGUUCAUCAUUCACAAAUUCAUCUACAGCAUACCCCAGUUAUUCAUGGGGGAUAGGGACCGAGCCCUGCCGCUAGUAAUUGAUGCCCGCCCCCCACAAAAUAUUUAAAAUUGCCUAUAGGUAUUAAUAGUUUAAACAAUAAAUAUACCCCAAACUAUAACCCUAAAACAUUGACAUCAUUUCAAACUUAUCUUACAUUACUCAGCAGAGCAGAAACAUACGCAUACGACAAAGACUCUCGUAACUUCUGCUAACAACCCAGGCUAAAUUUAGCUGACCCCUGACAUACAAAGAUCUUCUCAUUCGAGAUAUAGCACUUCAAGAUACUUCUUUAAGACCAAUUGCUACUAUGAAAUAAUAAAGUCUAUUCACACCAUAGUUUGUGGUAUAUUUACGGUUUAAUCAAUUAAUAUAGGCAAAUAAAAUAUUUUGGUUCAAUUACUCGCAGAUUUUUGCUAUUCUAAGAUUGAACGGUACAUAAGUACCAUGAGGCUUCUUUGUGACCCAUCCCUCUCGCACUGUAAGCUAAACAUAUCCUAUGGGUUGAAAACAAACCAAUACCAGGCCGAUUCUUUAUGACCAUUUCUUUCGAUAUUUUGACUAGAUUGUGCUUGUUUGUGGAUAUGUGAAGCUUUACUACUGCUCUCACAUCAGACAUCUUGCAUCACUUCUUACAUCUCAUUGGUAGUUUUUGAAAAAGAACAAAAAAAAAAGUCUGGUAUUGAGAUUUUCAAAGCCUUAAUACUUCUGGGACAUCAACUCCUAAGCACAAUUUUGCAGUCCAUGCAGAAUACCGCGCGUUUGCUGGGACUCGGGCAACAUUGCUGGGAGGAAAAGUCAUCUCUAUUUUGACAGGAAGAAACGAGGAUGAGCAAGUGCUCGUUGCCGACCAUCACUGUGUCUCAGCACCUCCUCCUUAGACAAGGAUGUUUUUUUUCUUGAAUCUUUUUAACAAGACUCCAUCAGAAAAGACACCUUGUUCACAUCUUUGCAGUCGCUCCUCGGCCUUCGAGAGGUCAAAUUUGUCAAGCACAGCACCUUGGAAAGUUAGCAGGACCAGAGAAACUCAAAUUAAGACUGCCCUUAUAUUGGCCUUACUUUGCAGUCUUUGGUAAAGGUCAACUUGUUUGGUGCGGACAAAACUCAAUUAGGUGGUCCAAGUAAAACUGUGGAUGAUGCAGACGGAAAGUCUUUUUUUUUUUUGCUUUUACUAACGGUUGCUAAUCGUUUCCUCGCAUAAGGCUGGCUGAUAGGAUCUGAUAAUAAAUAACAAAACAUUUUCCACAAAACUGAAUACUGAUUUUAAACGAUUUUUACUCCUUUGUGUAUAGAAUAUCAAAUAACAGAGAGGUUUGGUUCAAAUAUUUGCAGCUUGGAAAGAAUACUUACAAUGAGUCAAAAGUUUCCAACGUCAAUAAAUCAUUACUUUUGCAACAAGGCGAAAAUGUUUCCGCCUAUGUUUUCUGUUUCUUAAAAGGACAAAGUUGAUAGUUGCUUUUGUCAUUAGAGGGGUUGGAAAAGUCGUUAACUUGGGUAUGCUUUUGUAAACAAGCUUUGCUCUGUUUGCAGCCAUGUUGUUUUGAUGUACAGAAGCUGCCAAAGAAAAUAUUUUUUCCCCCCCUCCAAAAAUGUUUUCCCGACAAAUAAACUCAAAUCAAUAAAAUCUAUUAAUCGCCCAGCCCUAUCUUGGCAACAAACGAAGCAGAAGGGAGUUGCUUUAUAAUAUCACGCAAAUGGUGUCCAACGGAGCGUAAAGACGGGAACAAGGUGUCACAAUAGUAAUUUUACGCAGACCUCGUCAUAAGGGCAAACAUUUUUACCAGGAGAAAAAAAGGCUUGUAUUUAGAUUUGUGAUGCUCUUUAAUUUAUUGCUGCCGUGCUGAUUUCUACCAUUGCUGCCUCUUUACGUGAACAUUUGUCUUGAUGCUUUGUUGGGUUUUUUGAACUGCCAUAGUUGGAAUGUGAUAUGUAACCGUUUGUUUUUCUUACCAAGUCUCAAAGCUGUGAUAUAAACAAACUUGCAGUCCCUGGACGGGUGCUUCACGUACGUUCGGCAGUAACCGCCUGAAGAAGAAAUGCUCUAGUUUCACAUUUAGCUUGAAAUAACAAAGUCUCUGGCUGGAGAGUCAUGCAGCGGAUUAAAAUGUUCUCCAGAGCGCCAACAAAUGAUCACUUAGUCGUGUCGGGCCAUCCGCUGCGUCCCGUCUGUCAUUAAUAGCUCAUUAAGAACGAGCUCGCUGCGCUCUACAUUUAUUUGAGUUUACGAGCAGUGGGGACUGAGACGGCGAUGUUGCCUCUCUCACUCGCUGCUUGCAGAUCUGCUAGCUCGCGGCAUGGCGACAACAGCUAAAUUGUCCAAAAAGAAUCCACAUACCAAAAAUGUGUAAAAACAAAAGCUGCGCUGAGCCAACAUCACCUUUCCCGCAUAUCAGGCAUGUACACGAGAACCACAUUCAUCCAAUUAACAGGCAGCAGGCUUCAGAGGUGGGGGACUUGAGUCACAUAACUUGACUGGAGUCAGACUUUAAAACCCUGUACAGUCAAUGGAGAGAUCUGUAUCUAAAUACGUUAUACAUGUUUGAAGAUAAUUGUUGCAAAGGUGCUGAGAACUUUGUAGUACUGAAUUGUGGAGCUAUAGCGUCGAAGCUGUUUUUUACCAAUUCAGUAUAUAAGGAAGUGUGGUUUCGCACAUUCAGCAGACACGUCCAAAGUGUUUGACAGCAAAAAAAAUGCUUCAUUAUUCAUGAUUUUUCAUGUGGCGUGUCAAAUUUUAGAAGACAUUAUCCAUCCAUCCAUUUUCUUUACCACUUAUCCUCACUAGGGUCACGGGCUGCUGGAGUCCAUCGCAGCUAUCUUUGGGCAGGAGGCGGGGUACACCCUGAACCGGUCGGCAGCCAAUCGCAGGGCACAUAGAAACAAACAACCAUUCACACCUACGGGCAAUUUAGAGUCUUCAAUCAACCUACGACGCACGUUUUUGUGAUGUGGGAGGAAACCCACCCAGGCGCGGUGAGAACAUGCAAACUCCACAGAAGCGGGGCCAGGAUUUGAACCCCGAUCCCCAGAACUGUGAGGCAGAUGUGCUAACCAGUCACCCACCGUGCCGACAGAAGACAUUAUUAAAGUCGACAAUUUAAGGACUUGGAACUUGCUUUGCUAAAACUUACUAUGAAAGACUAUUUUGACUAGGUAUUAUGAAACUCGACUGGCUUGAACUACAUUACUUCUUGCCUGUUCAAGUAAAAAAAAGAAAAUCAGAAUUUUCAAGAUAGUGUGCCAUUUGUUUUUUUAAAGGAAAGUUAUUUUUGUGUGUUCAUGCAAACCCGGCAACCAACUAGUAUGCUCUGGGUGCAGUGUGACCACCUCGUGAAACAAGUAGUAUGGAGGGAGAGCCAAAGAUUAUUACAUUUGGUUCAAGGAUUACGUUGUGGAUAAAAUCAGGAAAAAGGGAAUGGCAACAUGCAACGUUUGCAACUCAGAGAGACUCAAAAACUACAUCUAAUUUCAUCUGUAACUAUAGAAUCCACAAAGACAGGGGAGCUAUGUUAACUUCACAGUUUAGCUAACUGAUAGCUAGUCAAACAUUAACUAAGCUUGAUGCCGGUUAUGCAUUAGACAAUACGGAGACUGGCUGGGGACGAUUAAACAAAUUAUUGAUGUGAUUGUGUUAGUACAGACAAGUAACACAAGUACAGAUACCAAGCGUUGCUAAUGUGCGAACAAAUGUACUGUAUUAACUUAUAACAUACUUAACCCAAGUCAUGGCUUAACUCAACUUGCUUGAAAUUUAGUCGGAACUCGACUUGACUUGAUUUUUGCAACAGUAAUUUGAGACUUGAAAAAGACUUGAGACAUAAACUUCCACAUUCUGUAGAGUAUGUGACUUAGCUACUCCCACCUCUGGCAGGCUUCAUAUGGACCUCCAUGUUGUUAUGUUUCUGCCUGUCGACUGACUCCAUGUACAAAAACUAAGCUUGUUGAUACAAGCUCCUUUAUAGCUACGAUGCCCCAGGGCUCCUUUCUGGCAUAUCGCAACUAAGCAACCAGGAAGUAGUCCCAUCAGAACCUGCAUGUUGUUUAAAUACAAACACAGAUCAAACCAACCACAUUUUCCACCUGUUGAUUUUGUUACUGCUAGCGCCGUGUCAGAAUCAGAUUCCAAGCUUCCAAGUGAAGUGUGUCUUUAAACGGCCGCCUGAUUGGAACUUUAUUGUUUGCUGCUGGCCCGCCGUCUUUGUCACGUUGCCUUCAGGGACGUGUUUAGGUGGGGCAAGUGGUUUGUGUUGCUCUGAAGUCUUGAGUGAUGUACAUGAUGUGUGCCCGCCAAAAGUGUAUCUUGCUUUUUGUGUCAAACUCUUACUACGGUACUCAUAUUAUUCAUGAUAUAUUAAUAAUGCCAUUAUUUUUAAAAAGGUCAUAUCUGGUACAAUAGAAAUUCAUGUAACAAAUCCUUAUUGACGUGUUAACUUGACGUGAGGUGAAAACCAAUAAAAUAUGACUAGAAACAAAAGGACACUCUUUAUUUGACAUUACCUUGCUAUCUGUACAAAAUAGUGAAUUACAGUCCCCAAAAGUAAAAAUGAGUAAACUUAU